AUGCUGGAUCUGGAUCUGGACCUUCAAUGGGACGAUCAUCUACUUCUGGAAGCCAUUGAACAUCCAACGCAUUGGCACGUGCUUUGCGCGCACAGCACCUAUCGAAGUGGCGUUCGGGCGCUCUACGAUGCAUUCGCCUUGAGAAGCUCUGAACUUCAGCCCUGGGCGCCCUAUGACUUCGAGAAGGCGCUGGGUCGCAGCUUCUUCCCGCAUGGUCUCUGUGGACUCCAACGCCUCUGGGCGGCCAACGCGGCCGACGCGGCCGUCUCGUCCGUCCUGCCGGUGGAGAGCUGCUUCGGCGGGUUGGCGCUUUAUCGGCAGGAGCUGUUGACCGACUUCAAGGGCUGUGGAUAUGAUGAGGAGAUGGAUGAUUGCGAACAUGUGAGUUUGCACCGCUGUCUAAGGGAGAAGGGCGCCACAGUGGUAUUGUAUCCCAGACUUGCGCCAGCGGCUUUUGCUUCACCGUCCACAUGUUGCGUGGAGACCUGCCAACAAGCGAAUCAAUUCCCCAUGUCCUUCUUACCGUUCCAGGCCCAGUUCUAUCAAGAGAAAGUCUCCAAGCUCCUGGCACAAGGCCUGUCCUUCGAGGAGUCUGGACGUCUGCAGGACGCCUUAGCGACCUACGUGCAAGCUGCUCAAGGGCCUCAGAGUUCCUGGCGCGCGAGGGCAGCGCUUCUGACUGCCUUUCUCUUGUUACAGCACAAGCAUGUAGAUCAGGCUCUUCCCCUGCUGAAGCAGUCUGAUGUGCAUGACUUGGCCACAGCUGAUCCACGGUCGGCUUUAAUCCUGGGCCAUGUCUACGAACUGCUCGAUGACCUGGAUGGUGCAAGCAGGUGGCUGGAGUCUGCGCUGGUGCCUGGGCCGCCCAACCUCCUGGCACAAAGGGAACGACAAGGAGCUUUGCUGAAAGCGAGCCUGGCACAUCUACCUGCCACGCACCGGUCUUCCACAGAGGUCCUCAGCUCUUUGGCGAAGUUCACCAAGGGCCUCAGUCGAUUAAUCCGCAGUCGCCGACACUGGGACUUUCCGGUGAGCAUCCCGGAGGCCUUCGACACCCGAGCUGUCGAGGUGACACGGCUCGGCUAUUUGGGGCCUCAGCUGGUGCCCCAUCUUCCAGAGUUGGCCUCCGUCUACUCGAGGAUCCAUGUGUCGCUCCUCCCAAGCCUGGGCCACUGUGGCCACGGGUCGACCCGCGCAGUGUCGGCGUCGUUCUCUUCCGUGAAGUCUGUGGCCGACCGACAGCGACGCGUGGGCUUCGUGUCGGGUCUCUUUGGAGAGAGCGCCGUGGGGAACCUGGCGCGCGGACUUCUCCAUCCCCUACGCGGGGAGAGAGAGGAGCGCGAGAAUCGGAGCUUGUGGGUGGCUCUGAUCUCUUUGGGCCGCUUGAAGGAGAAGGAGGCUCCCUGGAGCUUUCUCCCCACCAGCCAUGACGAUCUCCUGCAGACGUCGGACGUUUGGGCUGCCGUGCACGCUCGGGCGGAUCACUUGGAAGAGCUCUCCGACUGGGAAACGGCUUCACCAGGCACGGAGAAGCAGCUGUCAAGUGCCAGGGAGAGGAUCUUCAAUCUCCAGCUGGACUUCCUCGUGUUUCUGGAAAUCGGUCUGGAUGUGCGUUCCUUCGUUCUGGCGCACUCACGCUUGGCCCAAGUCCAGCUGGCGACGUACGGCCAUGCUUCCACGAGUGGGAUUCCUACAAUCGACGCCUUCGUCACCGUCGAGAGCUUCGAGCCGAAUGCCACCAGCUCGGCACAAGAGCGCUAUGCAGAGCAGUUGAUCAGCCUGCCAGGUCUGCCCUACUUCUUCCCAAGUGCGAAGACUUCUCCGUCCACUUCAACAGCUGGCACUCCUGCGCGGGACGCGCCGGACAUGGCGUGGAGCCGAUGGCGGCAGCUGCUGAAGCCGGCUGGGCACGGCAGUUGCCAGCUAGGGAGCAAGGUGAUGCCUAUCUACUUGGUGGCCCAAACUCUCUACAAGCUCGUGCCUGCCUUUGAUCGCGUCCUCCUGCCGCUGCUGCGCGACAGCAGCGGUCGCAGCGGCAAGGGGCUGGUGGUGAUCCGCCAUGGGCAUCCCCAGCCGAAGAUCCAUGAGCGGAUCGCGCAGAGGUUGAUGGCUCAAGUGGAUGCAAGUUCUGCUAAGCGGCUGUGCUUCCUGCCGAUGCAGAACGCUAGCAGCUACUUCUGGAUCUUGAGACACGCAGAUGUUCUCUUGGAUACCUUCCCACAUGGCGGUCACACGACCACCUUGGAUGCCAUCAGCGUCGGCGCUCCUUUGGUCUACCACUUCCCUUCUUCCCUCGCUGGCGGCUUCUCCCACGGACUCCUCAGCGCUGCCAGCGACCUCCAUGCGGCCAUUGGGGCGCAAGACGCCCAGGAGUAUGUGGCGAAGGCCGUGCGCUUGGCGACGGAGCCAGAAGUUCGGAGAAAGGUGGUGGAGCUGCUUCGGGCCAACGCGACAGCGGAACGGGUCUUCGGGCGGCGGGACUGGGCGCGUUCCUGGGCGGAGCUUUUUGCUGUUUGGCCACUGGAGGAUGGCGAGGAUGGCGAGGAUGGCGAGGAUGGCUGGGCGGCGUAUUUGCAGCAGCCGGAUCGAUACAUCUGGAGCCUCUUUCCAGUCGUGGUACCACCACGUGGACGCUUCAAUCUAACAGACGACGCAGCGAGCUUCGGCGCUUGCGCGGCCGGCGAUGGCUUCGCCGAAGCCGCCACUGAACAGCACCGGUCUUUGUGGCCUCUACACCAAGCAGGAUCUGCGUUCGAGGCAGUCACCAGCUUCGCACCAGACCUGGCCGGUUACGGAGGCGACCUAAUUCCGUCCUUCUGCUGUGCGGCGGUGUCCCUCGCGGAGAUUGGGGAGGUCAUGCCGCAGCUGGAAGGCAUGUUCAAGUCCAUGGAGACGCAAAUGAACAGCGGCUGGCACUUGGGCUUGGCCUUGCAUCGCAAUGUGGUUCCAGGGUCCGCACGUCGUGCGACCUCUGCCCUCUACCUACUCACACCGCACGCUCUGCGCUUAGCCGCCAUCUCGGUGGAAUUCUGCUUUGCCCAGACGCCCACGUUACUUGGAGGUUCUGUGUUCCGUGGUCGGGGUUUGGCAGCCUGUCAAGAGCCGCCCAGCAGACUCUGGGUGGCCAAAGAUACGAUGGGUCAACUCGAGUUGAAAUUUGCUUGGCAGCACUUCGGCACGACGCUCCCAGGGAGUGUGCUUGGAGCCUUGCUGCAUCCUCUGCAUGCGAUCGAUUUGGGCCCUGAGAUGCACGUCGAGGGCCUGCGGUGA